CGCUUGGUUCAGGCGGGCUGGUUGAACACACAGCUGACUGUUGUUCAACAAAACGAUAACAAAACUAACAUUGAUUAAUAUGGAUAGCAUUUGAAACUAUUGAAGCUCUUGAUCGUACAAGCAAUGGAUCGACCACCAAGGAAGACGAAGGCUGUGAAUUACUCUGAAGCCAAAGACUUUGACGAUGAUGAAGAUUUUGCCUGCGUGAAGCCUCCGCCCAGCAAAAGGGCCAGGGAGGAUGUGAAACAAGAGCAGAAGAAAUCAUCGAGCAUAUCUUCCGAUCAAGAGUCCGACUCCCAAUCCGCACUGAGCCAGAAGAGCAGAAGACCAUUAAUUGAGAAAGUGUAUGAAAGAGAUCUAGAAGCAGCCAUUACACUAUCCUCGCUCAAUAAUGGAGGUGGGAUAAAGGACCCGUUUUCAACCAGCAAAGAUGUCAAGAUUCAUGUUCCGGUAGAUGAAAACACGGAUCCAACUGCUGCGCACUUGUCCAACUGCAGUGUGGAUUUGACAGUUUUGGGCCUGGAUGAAAUCACAUCAGAAAAAGAGUCGACUUCCCUCUCCAGACAAAGAAAAGCUGCCACCAGAGUACCUGAGGAGCAGAAGAAAAAGCCUACCGAUGAAGAUGAAGACUAUGAGCCCAAACUGACACCAGAUUCAGAAAGUGAUGAAGAUUUCAGUGAACCAGCUGAGAGUGAAGACGAGGAAUUCACAGUGAAAAAAGUCAGCAAAACAAAAAAGAAGGAGAAAGUUACCAAGAACGAGAAGACCAAACCGCCUCCUGCCUCUAAAGAAGAAAAAAAACCAUCAAAGUCUAAAUCACAGGCAGCAGCAGCUUCCACACCGGUCAGAAGCCCUCCAACGGCCAAACUUGCACCCAAACGACCUGCUUCAUCGUCCACAGUUUCUACAUCAAAACCUGCAUUAUCUUUGAGCCCAGCAGGGGGCAGAGUACCCACGUGGAACCCACCAGCUCAAGUUGGUCGAAGUCCCACUUCAUCCAGUCCAGCAGUGAAGUCUCCAGGUCAGGGUCUGCGCCUCGGACUGUCCCGUCUCGUUCGAGUCAAACCUCUUCACCCCAGUGUUUCGAGUCACUGACCUGUCUGUUAAUAAUCCCUGCAUCAGUCUCAGUUUGUGUUGUUCUUUUAGCUUUAUUUUAAAAAAAGAUUGUAAAUACCAAAUUCUAUUUUCAUAGUUAAACAUUAAGUUAACUCCAAGGAUGUGUUUUCCCAUGAUGCUCUCAGCAUUGGGCACAUAUGCCAUUCGCACCUUGAGCUAUUAUUUCACCAUACAUUAACAGUUCAUGGAGCUGGUGGCUGCAAUUACUUAUUAAUGUCAAAGUUAAUUGUAAUAAACCGUAGUUACCGGUACAGUAAUUGUGUCCCUAGAUUUCUUUGAUGAUUCACUGAACUGUUGUUGGUAUAACUUGAAUGUGGAUGUGAAUUCUUAUUGUGUGCAAACACUGUAUAUUGUGUACAUAUAUAUGAAAUAAAAUUGAA